AUGUUGUCCUGUUCCCCACUGUUGGAGUCCAAGAUAAACCAUCUCUAUCACUACUGGGGUAUAGUUGCUGACUGGUCUUGCUUCAACCGAAGUAUUGCCACCUCCAUGGGAGCUCUCUUUGGUUUUAUGCUUAUCGUUGAGCCCUACAUUCGGGAAAAGGCCGGUCCCAUAGGCCCACCAGUGUGGCUCUAUCCCAUAUCUAAAAUUGCCUGUAUCCUCGCUUUGGCAUCCAUCAGCUACCUCUUCGUUGCAGCAUGGUUUCAAUUAGGGUUGAUACCAAUCUUACCAUACGGUGGAAUCCUUGCGUGUGCGGCUGGCCUCUUGCAAGCCGUCUCGAACGUGGAACGAGACAAUACAGCGUUGUACAAAUACAUGGUGGCUCAACGGAGGCAGCAGAUGAGAGCAGCUACUGCCCAGCGUAACAAUGACUUCGAUAAGAAGAAAAGCUCAUAG